GGUGCGCCCAACGCAUGUGUAAAGUUAUAUAGCUGAAUUGGCGAGUGUGGCUGUAUAUUCGAUUAAUUAAUUUAAACAUAAAUCUAUUUGAAACAUAAUUUUUGGUAGAAAAACACGCCUGAGCUCGUUAUAAAGCACAUACUGUUGUAGAUAACAGUCUCGAACACCAAUUGAAGUCGGAAACAACCAUGAAAGCUUCAAAACUCAAAAUUUUUAAAACUGCAAACCUUUACUUUGCAUUUGUGACAUUGGGUAUGGCUGUAGCCAUAACAGGGCCAACCCUUCUAGACUUAGAACGGGCCGUGAACACAGAUACAGAACACAUUUCGUACAUCAUUGUAGGACGAGGUAUUGGUUAUUUGAUUGGAUCCAUUGUAGGAGGAAUACUCUUUGAUCGUUUCAACAGACAGGUGUUGUUCCUGGUUAACAUUCUGAUCUUGGCUAUCUCCAUGACAGCUGCCCCAUGGUGUAGAGAUUUGAGUCCACUUAUUGCUACAAUGACUGUGGGAGGUCUAACCUUAGGGGCUAUAGACACUGGAGGAAAUUGUUGGUGUCUUCAUCUUUGGGGCAAAGAAAGUGGGCCAUACUUUCAGGCUCUUCACUUUACGUUUGGUGUAGGGACCCUUAUAGCUCCAAUACUAGCAGAACCAUUUCUCAUUCCAGCAAACACAACUGAUGGAACUUCGGAAGCUAUAAACGUGACUGACCCUUCACUCUCUUGGAAGCUUCAAACAAAUUUAACAGAAAAAAAUAACAGAGAAUUAGAACAACACAAUGGCACAGUUUUUGAAAUCCAUGAUAGAUUUCAGAUUUUUGGCAUUGAAUAUGCCUUUGCUAUAAUUGGAGUUUUCACCUUUGUAGUUUUUAUUUUAUUUUUUAUUGCCUUUAUCAUUAAGAAGUCGGAUAUAACUGAUCAGACAGAGAACGAAGAAGGUUCUCAAACUGUAGGAUUACGGUUUACUCUAAUGGUACUCGCCGUUUCGGUUGUUUUCAUGAUUUGUUAUGCUGGGUUGGAGGUCACAUAUGGACAGAUGAUUGCUACGUUUGCUGUUGUUGGGCCACUGAAACUAUCCAAAUCUAAAGGCUCCUUUAUAACUUCUGUUUAUUGGGGAAGUUAUACUUUUGCACGAGGCAUGGCAGUUUUUAUAUCUUUGAAGCUCAGUAGUUUAGUUAUGUUAGUGAUAGAUAUUUUCAUUGUCCUUGGAGCCACACUACUUCUCGUGAUAUUUUCAGCCUCAUCUGAAGAAGUUCUUUGGCUUGGUUCAGGGCUUCUUGGAAUUGGCUUGGCAUCGAUGUACCCUAGCAUGGUCUCAUGGGUUGAGAGGUACAUAGUUAUGACUAAUAAAGUGACGUCUACUUUCAUUGUAACCACCUCACUUGGUGAGAUGAUUGUACCUCUGGUAGUUGGUCACUACAUUGAGCGCAAACCCAUGUUUCUCAUGCACAUAAUGCUUGCUGGCAUAAUCUGUGCAUUUCUAGCAUGUCUUAUUAUCUGGCAGUUUAUGAACCGACAAAAAAGUAAGUACGAUACUGUAAAAAGAAACAUCGAGAAUGGAGAAAGUAGUUGUUUAGAAGAUUUGCCAACAGGGGUGGAUGAAGUAACAACACCAGGUGGUGCUGAUAAAUCUGAAGAAGAUAAACCAGUAGAAGACAAUAAGAAUCACCUAUUUGUUUAAACAAAUGUUGUUGUUUUUUUGUAGAAGUUUUGUAUUGGCGUAUAGUUUCGGUAAUAUUAGUUUUCCCCCAGAAUUUUAAAUAAUGUACAUUCUUAAACAAAGAAAAUAUUGGCAUUUAAAGUGAGAGGUAAGGAUAGAGAGGUCUAUUUGUUACAUUUUGUUUGCAAGUUUGUUUGUUUUUUGUCUUAGCAAAAAUUAAUUUUGUUUCUGGAGUACUUUAAUGGAUCCAGGUUUUUACAUGUUUCUUCUGAUUGUAAGUUAUUUAACAACGGAUUUUCUCAAACAUGAAAAGAAAUAAAAUGAUAGUGUGUGAUUUAGCAAGUUUUUCUAAAAAAUGCAGGCUUAACACAAUGUUGUAUAUUACCUAAAGAAUCUGUAUUGUAACAGAGGUACGUUUUCCAAUGAAUAUAUUUCUCUUUAAGGUUUCUACUAAUUGUUGCUUUUGGGAAUGUUUGUAUAAUAAUGAAUAAUAAGCUCAAAUGAGAUUGUUUUAUCAUUUUGAAGCAGAUUUUUCACUACAAUUUAAUGUUGUUGUUUUGUUGUUGUUAUUGAGCUAAAGAGGUGAAAUUAUAUUACUUAUUCCUCUGGUGAUAAUUAAUCCACAAGGCAUCAUUGUUGUGCUGUUUUGAUAGUCUAAUAUGUGAAAUAUUUACAAAAUUGUACAAUAAAAAAAAUUACUAUUCCUCUGA